AUGGAGUAUGAGAAGCAGAUAACCAAGAAUCCUGAAUUGCGGAUAACGGGUGCAACAAGGCGAUCAACAAAGGGGGGAUGGACAGAGGAGGAGGAUAGAAUAUUAACCUUUGCUGUCCAAAAGUUCAAUGGUAAAAACUGGAAAAAGAUUGCUGAAUGUGUUACUGAUAGAACUGAUGUUCAAUGUCUGCAUCGCUGGCAGAAGGUUCUCAAUCCCAAUCUUGUUAAAGGGCCAUGGAGCAAGGAGGAAGAUGAUCUCAUCGUUGAGCUCGUUGCAAAGCUGGGGAACAAGAAAUGGUCUGAAAUUUCAAAAUCCUUGCCAGGCCGGAUAGGCAAGCAAUGUAGAGAAAGGUGGCACAACCAUUUAAACCCAGAUAUAAAAAAGACUGCAUGGACCAAAGAAGAGGAGUUGACUCUCAUUACGUCCCAUCAAAUAUAUGGGAACAAGUGGGCUGAGAUAGCAAAGUUCCUGCAUGGAAGGACUGAAAAUUCUAUAAAAAAUCACUGGAACUGCUCAGUGAGGAAGAAAGUAGAGCUUUUUCGUUUAGCGCGUGGUUCUGAUCCCUACAAUCAUAAAACAAAAGCCGAAAGUAGAGAGUCUAAGGAGGUUAAACAAAGUCUUGAUCAGAAAGUGAACUUGGAGGGAAGUGAAUACACUUGUUCACUGGAUUUGGUUCUUGGAACUGCUGAUGGAAAGGAGAGCAAUUUGCUACCUUCAAACAAAGAGAAUUACAGGUCUCCAAAAAGAGGGGCAAAUUAUCUAACAAAAACACCACCAAGAACAAUUUUUGAUGAUGACAAUGCCACUUCUUGUGGUCUGGGUGUUGGACAAUGCCAAGAAAGUGCUAAUAAGGGUGACACAUUGAGAGAAUCACAUCAUACAGCUAUCCGGUCCAAUGAGUUAUGUAAUACUCCAUCCAUUCAUCAAGUAAAUCAAUUUUUAGAUGAAAAAACUCAUGAGCCUGAUGAAUUUAUCAAUCCGAUGCCUUUCGGAGCACUUUCCGGACCCUUGCAACUCUGUUUCAGUAUACCUGCAGAUGUUCAUAGUUGCAAGAGAAUAACUCAUAAUUUUCUUCAUGAGCCGGCUCCUCCUGUCACUGCUAAGAGAUUGCCUGAAUCUUCUUAUGGGCCACAAGGUAAUGUAUGUUCUUCAGACAACUCUGGAAAUGGGAAUUCAAAAUUAAGUGGCCAAUCCAAGAAUCCUCUUUUAGAGGAUGCGACUCAUGGUUGGCUGUGCUACAAACCACUCCUCCAGAAGGAUUUUAACAUUCUUUUGGAAACUGGUAGAUUCCCAAGUACAGAUAGCUAUAUCAGAACAGCAUCAAGUCCAGUUUCUUUUCGUACACCACCAAGCCACAAUAAAGGACUAACUGUUGAUUGUAGCAGUCCAGAAUCCAUAUUGAGGAGAGCUGCAAGGGGUUAUAAAAAUACACCAUCUAUCAUAAGAAAACGAAGCCUUCAAUGUUCCAGGAAAAUUGACAAUGCAAAUAAUCACAAUGAUGCAGUUCUGACAAAUGAGAAGCAACUUUUCCUGCCUCCUUCAAAGUCCCAGAAGCUCGAAACUUCUGCUUCUGUAAAAUGUGUAGAAAAACGCCUGGAGGCUGGAACAUGCAUUUAA